AUGGGCCCACAAGCUAUCCUCCUUCUGCUCCUCAUCCGUAUCGUGCAGUGCAGAGCUCGUAUUCGCAACAUAACCCGCCUCCUUAAUCUCUCUCCUCAGCUCCCUCAAUUUCCCGUAUAUUCUCUCACACUCCGCAUGCGACUUGUCCCCUGCCCCAAACGUGCUCACUCGAUCCUGCACCUAUACGCAGGCUUCUUCCUCACAUUCACACUUUCCAUUUUUACCCUCACACCCAGCACGUCCUGCCACCUCCCGGAACCCGCACACACGUUUGAGUACAGCACGUACGCCGAGUCAUCCGCUGGGUUUGCUUCCAGAAGCUUCCGUGCAGCCUUUUUCCCGAGCUCCAAAUUCCCGUGUGUCUUACACGAGGAUAACAAAGUACGCCAGAUGAAGUCGUUUGGCGGGACCGGCAUUUCCUCUAUAAAAACCUCGGCCUCCGAGAACCUUCCCGAGCGGCUGAGCAAAUCGACUAUGCACACACAGUGCUCGAUAGCUGGCGGGACUCCAAACUCGGUUUUCAUCGAGCGGAAAUACUCGAGACCUUCGUCCACGAGCCCUCCGUGGCUGCACGCUGACAGGAGUGAGACAAAAGUGACGUGGUCGGGCUUCGGCCCGCAAUCCGCCAUCUCGCGGAAGGUUUCCCGGGCCUUCCGAAAGUUUCCGUGCCUCGCCAGCGCGGAUAUCAGUAUAUUCCAGGAAAGUCGAGAGCGCGUUUUCGGCUCGGGAAGCAGCCUCAGGAGAUCGUCGAGCUCGCCGCAUUUUCCGUACAUGUCCAUGGCGGCGCUCGAGACGAAAUGA